ACAGAAAAAACACAGUGCGUAGUUAAUGUUCCAUUUAAUGUUAACCAUGAUGUUCCCUUUAAGUUUCUGUCUCUUCCUCUUUCCUUGUGUGAAGAAGCCCUUGAAACAGCUUCUUUGUCCAGGGAGAAAGAGCUCAAAAACCUCUCAAAGUAAAGAGAUGUUUGCGGGUGAAAAUGGGUUGCAGGGAGACCCAAGAUUGAAGGCCAUUAAAGAAGCCAUUAGAGUCGUUCCUCACUUCCCAAAACCAGGAAUCAUGUUUCAAGAUAUAACUACAUUGUUACUUGAUCACAAGGCGUUUAAGCACACUGUGGAUAUUUUUGUUGAUCGUUAUACAAAUAUGGGGAUCGAUGUGGUGGCUGGAGUAGAGGCCCGAGGAUUUGUGUUUGGCCCUCCAAUUGCCUUGGCUAUAGGUGCCAAGUUUGUUCCUCUUUGUAAACCUCGAAAGUUGCCAGGAGAAGUCAUCUCUGAAGCAUACACACUGGAAUAUGGAACAGAUUGUUUAGAGAUAGAUGUUGGGGCAGUUCAAACCGGAGAACGUGUUAUAGUCAUUGAUGAUUUGGUGGCUACAGGUGGUACACUCUGUGCAGCAAUAAGACUAUUAGAACGUGUAGGAGCUGAAGUAGUUGAAUGUGCAUGCGUUAUUGGGUUGCCUGAGAUUCAGGGACAAAACAGACUAAAUGGAACACCUUUGUACAUGCUUAUUGAGCCACGCCAAUAAACCAAGACUGUAACAUGAAGGAACAGUGUAUAUGCGACUUCGUUUUCUGGCUCUAAAAAUCAGUGAUCACGAGUAGUCGAGGAAGUCCUUAGUGAUUUUUUUUUUGUGUAAGUUGUUAGUAAACAUGAAAUUUCUGUGUAUCCGGAUAUCCUCUGUACAUAAAAAUAAUUCUUACAAUUCUUGAAAUGGGACACUGCAUUCUUGGUUCU